UAUGAGGCGCUAUCAGUCUGUGAUACAGAGUCGCGACGCGCAAGGAGAACAUUUUACGCCUUUUAAAUACAGGUUUCUACAUUUACGACUACGAGUUCUGAAUUCUUUCCAACUAAUAGAGGACAGUGAGAAGAGCAUUUGGCUGGGGUGCUUUUCGAUUGGGGGCAUAAAGGGAGCCUAACUUUAUCGCCCUGCGCCCUUAUCUGAAGCGGAGUCUUGUCUGGCCGAACCUACCGGAGUGGAGCUUUUGGACGAACUUCCCUUUUACUGAUUUUUAUUUUCUUGUUUUUCUUAAAUAUAUAUUUUUUUCUCGAGACAUUACUUUUUUACGAAGAAUUUAGGAGAUUUGCUUGUGCAACAUGUACUCCAGCUUGGCCAUACCUUCCAACCCAUCCCCGUACGGGCACGACUCCGGGAACUACGUGCAUGCACCGACCAGCUCGCCCGUAUACGUGCCAAGCACGCGUGUGCCCGCCGCAGUGUUGCAAACGUUGCCUUACUUGCAGCCGUGCGAACCGACGCACCAGACACACGCGCUCGCGGGUCACCAUCACGCAUGGCCCCCGCAGUCUGCUACUGACGGCUCGUCGUUUGGCGCUGGAAGCCCGCACGGUCACGCGCCCUCAGCUCCUUUCUCCUAUACACACAGUCCUCCCAGGACCGGCGGCGGUGGCAGCUGUGGAGUUCGUGACGCUGCGUCCUAUCAGAGUCCGCUGGCGCUGAGUAGCGGCGCGCGCGGCCCAGACCAGUACGGUGGUGCUCUGGUGCGUUCCGUGAGCGCGUCUUAUUCAAGCCCGUACGCAUACAUGGGCCCCGACGUAAGCGGAUCAUGGGCGCCUGGUCAUUUCGACAGCGGUAUGAUCGGACUACAGGGACGCCAAGGAACGCUUACUGGAAGAAGACCCGGUUUAGAUAUGUUGGAUGAGAUGGCGAUAGAAGGACGGGAGUGUGUGAACUGCGGCUCUAUCUCCACUCCGCUGUGGAGGCGCGACGGAACCGGCCAUUACCUGUGCAACGCCUGCGGCCUCUACCACAAGAUGAACGGCAUCAACCGGCCUCUCAUCAAACCCCAGAAACGGCUGCAGACUACGUCCAGAAGAGCAGGCCUGUGUUGUACUAACUGUCAUACUAGCACUACCACCCUGUGGAGGAGAAAUGCAGAGGGGGAGCCUGUGUGUAAUGCCUGUGGCCUCUACAUGAAGCUUCACGGGGUACCCAGGCCACUAGCUAUGAAGAAAGAAAGCAUUCAAACAAGGAAACGUAAACCUAAGAUACCUAAAACCAAAGCUUCCUCAGGGUCUUCUGUAUCUGGCACCGCCUCUCCUACCUCCCAUCCCAUUUCAGAGAAUGCUUCAACAAUAAAAAGCGAACCCAACAUUGCUGCCUCACCAUAUGCUGGUCAAACAGUUGUGUCUGUCACACAGGCUUCCACACAGUUAAGCAGCACAAGCUCAGCCCAUGUGGACAUCAAAUACGAAGACUACCCGUUCACCCCGACAUCCAUCGCCCCACAGAACACCUGGUGCGCACUAUCCCAAGCAUGAUGCAGGAUGAGAAACUGCCUUUCCUGAAUAUCUCCCCAGUGCAAUCUAGGAAAAAGACUUUAUGACGAAAACUACCUACUAAACAGCCAACUCUAACAAGCAAAAUGGAUCCUGGUGGAUGCCAGCUGAUGGAAGUUAUAUAUUUUCAUAUUACACUUUGUACAGAUGGUGACCAAUGUUUCAGUGUCUUGUUGUUCAGUGACACAAAAUGUUUUUUUUUUAUCUUAGAACCAAAAUGAAGGAAAAAAUGAAAUGCACAUAAAAAACACAAUAUUUCAUGAUAUGCUUCUUCACACAUGAAUUUUUAAAUACAUUAUUUAUGUUGCGAUAGGAACAGUACAAAAGAACUGUGUUAUUCAAUAUAUUCUUUCUUUUUUCCUGGCAGGGAAUAUAUUUUAUGGUCAUAAUGACAUUUGAACACACAUACACACAUUUAAAGUUUCCUCAUUGCUUCUACUGAUUCAUAAAGCUGUUUGUUAAUCUGAAGUGCAAUGACUCACUUUUCCAAAACUUUUGAAAAGGGACACAAUUGUUUUAAUUAUUUUAAGAGUUGUUUUUUUGUUCUCUUCAAAUAUAUUAACAUUAAUUUUAUUUUUGCUGUUGAUAUAUAA